AUGCUGACCUUGCCGCUGGACGAGACGCCGGAGAAGCGGUUCCGGGGCGGCUUCUGUCUCGAGCACCAGGUCAGCAGGCCGCACCGCGAGCCUGCCGUCAAACCGGAGCCCCGCGCGGAGCUCGGCAAAGCCCCGGGGGCCGAGCCGGACUCGGGGAGAGACGGGGGGGAGAGAGAGGAGGCGGAGGGGGAGGCGGAGGGGGAGGCGGAGGGGGGGGCGGGGGGCCGCUUUGACGGCGGCCUGCCGCGGCGCCGGGGUCCGCGCCGGAAGAAGAUGAGCCAGGCCCGCGUGGACCGCGUUAAGCUGCGGCGCGUCGAGGCCAACGCGCGCGAGCGGAAUCGCAUGCACGGGCUGAACAGCGCGCUGGAGCGCCUGCGCAGGGUGGUGCCGUGCUCCACCAGGACGCAGAAGCUGUCCAAGAUCGAGACGCUGCGGCUGGCCAAGAACUACAUCUGGGCUCUGUCGGAGGUCCUCGCCGCCGGGAAGAGGCCGGACCCGGUGGCCUUCGUCCAGACGCUGUGCAGGGGACUUUCUCAGCCCACCGCCGGCCUGCUGGCCGGCUGCCUGCAGCCCACCGCCGCCGGCCUGGUGGUGGCCGGCUGCCUGCAGCCGAGCCGCAGCACGGAGCGCGGCGGGGAGGCCUCCUUCCCCGGCGGGGAGGCCUCCUUCCCCGGCGGGCCCUUCCACGCCGUCUACCCGUCUUACCGGCACCGCCACGGUGCCGAGGGGGGGCCCCCCUCGGGCCACGGGAGCAGCACCGCGGACAGCGGCAAGCCCUUCCGGCCCUAUAGCGCCUACUGCGGCGGCGCCUACGAGUCCUACUACGAGAGCGCGUCGCCCGACUGCUCGAGUCCCCCCCUCAGCCCCCCCCUCGUCAGCUUCAACGGCAUCUUCUCCCUGAAACACGAACAGCCUGCCGACUACGGCGCGAGCUGCCACUACGCCACGCGCCGCUGCGCGGUGGCGUCCGGGAGAAGCGCCCUCGGCGGCCAGAGCGCCGUGGCGAGAGGGUCCUCCGCAGACCUCCACGUCCCGUACGACCUCCACCUCAGAAGCCAGCUCUGCUCGGUCCAAGACCAGCUAAACACGCCUUUCCGUAAUUAG